CAAGCUGGAUAAUGGCCUUCAUGUCUGGGUGGCAGUCCUACUACUACACCCCUGGUAACCUGCUGACCUGGUCCAAGGCCAUCUACUCCACCAAUGGUGAGGUUCUCCUGGAGAGAAACACCUACAACUCUGACCAUCAGCCUAUCAGAGGUCAGCACCAACCCCCAGGACCAAUGAGAGGGAAGAGAAAGAGGACGUGUUUGAAGGGAGGGCGCAGAGAGAGAGGGCGUGGCUUUAGGGGAGAGUAGUGAUUGCCACUAACCCUUAUUUUAGAUUAGAAGAUGCCUAUAAAAGGUCUACACACCUUUGAACUUUUCACAUUUUGUUGUGUCAGUGCAUGCAUUUAAACAAGGAUUUUUUCCACUUAUCUACACAUUAUACUCCACACCUUUAAGGGGAUUUUUUUUUAAAUUGUGUUAAGAAGUAUGUAUUAAAAAUACUAAACACUGAAAUAUAAUUGGAUAAGUCUUCACCCCCCUGAGUUAAUACUUGGUGGAAGCACAGUUGGCAGCAAUUACAGCUGUGAGUCUGUUGGGAUAGGUUUCUACCAACUUUGCACACACCUAAAUAUGG